AUGAAUUCGGAAGAUAAUGAUGAAGCGAUCGUUAUACAACAAAUGAUCGAUUCCCUUUCUCAAGACAUAUGGCAAUUACGAUGGAAUGUUUCGUCUAAAGCGUUGAAACCAUCAACAAUACAAACAUCGACUCCUAAUGGUGAAAAACAUGCUGGUUUUUCUCCAUUGUUUGAAAAUGCAGCAGCGGACACAUUGAAAACGAAAGAUAAAUGGAUUGGAGGAUGGGCAGAACAAUCAAGUUUAGCGCGGAACGCACAAAAUGCGAAUAAAACUCAACAGUCACAAGCGAAAAAACCUCAGAAGAUUGAACCUAGCCAAAAACUUAUUAGCCUAUUUUCAUCAAAUGCGGCUCAAGAAGAUGUCAAGAAUUAUCUAAAGGUAGCUAUCAUUAUCGCAUUAUCUGGAUUAUAA